UGACGCCUCCCGGCUCGGGGCGGCACGGGGAGUGCCCCAGGAAGCCGGGCGAGGCGACGAUGGCGGAGUCGAGCGUGCGGGACGAGUGGGACGAGUGCCUGGACGCGGCCCUCCAGGUGGCCCGGCAGGCCGGCGAGGUGGUGCGUGCCGCACUCAAGACUGACAAGGAAGUGCUGACAAAGAGCUCGGAGGCAGACCUCGUCACGGAGACGGAUCAAAAAGUCGAAAAACUCAUCAUUUCAUUUCUUCAGCACAAGUUCCCCAGCCACCGCUUCAUCGGAGAGGAGUCGGUGGCGGCGGGCGAGGGCUGCCACCUGGAGGACGCCCCGACCUGGAUCAUCGACCCUGUCGACGGAACCACCAACUUCGUGCACACGUUCCCCUUCGUGGCCGUCUCGAUUGGCUUCGCAGUCAAGAAGCAGCUGGAGCUAGGAGUGGUGUACAGCUGCCUGACGACAAGAUGUACUUCGGCCCGCCGCGGACGGGGCGCCCGCUGCAACGGCGAGGCGCUGAGCGUCUCCGGCAAGCACGAUCUGUCCAAAGCCCUGCUGCUGACGGAGAUGGGGUCGAGCCGAGACGCGGCGGAAAUGAAGACGACGUUGGGAAACAUGCAUCGUCUGCUGGCGACACCGCUGCACGGGAUCCGGCAGCUCGGCUCGGCCGCCCUCAACAUGUGCGCGGUGGCGGCCGGCUUUGCCGAGGCCUACUACGAGUUCGGCAUCCACUGCUGGGACAUGGCGGCGGCGGCCGUGAUCGUGCGGGAGGCCGGCGGGGUGCUCACCGACACGGCGGGCGGCCCGUUCGAUCUGAUGUCGCGACGGGUCAUCGCCGCCAACAGCAAGGCCAUCGCCGGGGCCAUCGCCGCCGUCCUGGAGCAGAGGCAGCCGGAGCGCGACGACGCGGCACACUAACACACACACUCACACACUCACACACUCACACACACACCCACACUCACACACUCACACACUAACACACUCACACUAACACACACACCCACACUCACACACCCACACUCACACACUCACACACACACCCACACUCACACACUAACACACUAACACACACACCCACACUCACACACUCACACACUCACACUAACACAUACACCCACACUCACACACUAACACUCUCACACACACCCACACUCACACACUAACACACUCACUCACACACCCACACUCACACACUCACACACUAACACACUAACACACACCCACACUCACACACACUCACACUCACACACUCGCACACACUCACACACUAACACACUCACACUAACACACACACCCACUCACACUAACACACUCACACACCCACACUCACACACACACACUCGCCGAGCUACGGGGGCGGCUGCCGAGGGUCUCCUCCCGGGCUCCGGGGGCUUCCACCGCAAGCGCCCGGGCUCGCCCCUCGGCUCCCUCCCGGCCACUUGACCCAAGCGGUGGAAAACUCCGGCAGCCUCCACCCCCGCUUGCUUAGAGCACGGUUGGCUACGUACGGUGCGAAGGCAGUGCAACGUACGGUAUGCGCGGUGCGCGUGGAGGAUGAAGGUGCAGCCCUGCAACUGCCCACCCACGCCGCUGUUGGCGGAACAGCCUCCAAAAGAGAGGGCGCGCUAGAGAUGGAUGCCCUCUGGAGUGGUUUGUUGGUCUCCGCCCCACGGUUUUAGACCAGAUAACAAUCAUCUGUACCAUCGUGUAGUCCGCAAUCGACUGUGAGGUCCCACGAGUCAUUGACUCGAUGAUUGAAUCCGGUUCAAUCCCAGCAGCGAUGGGCGCACGCGGUCACCCCGCCGUGGUCCAGUGCCACUGGCAGUCGGUGUAGGGCCCAGCGUGAGGUCAGUCGGUCACCGCACGUCCUCGGGCGAAGACGUAUGCACAGGGCUGGACUUUUAUUUCGACAUUUUUAUACGUACGGAAAAAACGAACAUCGAUUUUUUUAAAUAUCACUCGCGAUUAUCGAUGACGCUCAAUCAACAUGAUGCAGCGGUGAUCCGUUUUGAAGGGUUGAGUAAUCCCAUCAUCUCUCUGGGGGGGUCGAUAAAGUCAGUACCACAUUGUGGUGAAUUGAACAGCAUGUUUCCUGUGGAUAUACUUGCCGAUCCAUGGGAAUGUGGAAUUACAUCACUGGCUCCUCGGGGAUGGCUGUGAGCAGGACAUGAGCGCCGCCUCGAUGCCCAUGCGACCCGGAGCUCGCCCUCGUCUUGGUUCAGGUCUCCAGCGGUGGAGCGUGCCUGGCGCUGGUUGCUGGCCACCGCGGUGCUAACUUUGUGCGUUCCGCUUCUCGCAGUGCUCGUGGCAAACCGCGCUCGCUUGUGGGCGGCGGUGGCUCUCUCGCUCUCCCCCUCUUUUGCUCCCCCAUGUGUGCGCAGUCGUCUCUUUGUACUCUCUGCGGCAGCUGCCUUGGCUGCAGUUGCCGGCGUUGCUGCCGUGAUAAACAGUCUCUCCAGCCGCGGCCGAGGAGGAGGAGCCGCAGUUGAGUGGAAAAGCAGCAGCAGCAGCCACGCGGUGAACCGGCGUUACCAACAAUUUUCCAAAGCUCUGCGCUCUAUACAUAUCAAGGUGUUUUCGGCCAAUUAACAUUUACAUAUGGGAGAAAACCCACGCGUGCGAGGGGGAAACACUCGAUCCCAUACAGGUGGAGCAGGUGGAGUCCACGUGUUUGUGCUGCUCCUGGCAGAGCCAGUCUAUGGGCUUCUCGUUAUGGGCCACGGGAAGGGGAGCUUCACGCCCCGUCGGCCACGCGGUGAUCACCAACCCCAUCGCGGCUCCCUCCGCAGCCCUUGAUUACAGGCGCCACGUGCAGCCCGGCCACUUGUUGCUCCUGUGUGUGCGUGUUCGUUGUUCCUGCUGUGGCACUUGCAUCGCCGUGCUGGGCGUGCGCAGCGAGAGGCGGCGGUGCUGCGCGACGAAUAAAUAGAAUCCGCCCGCGCGCUGCGCGUGAACUCCA